AUUCAAAGUCAGCCAACUGUCGUCUCGAGCUUGUGUCUGUUCAGUGCUGUGAGGUUCGGAGAGGUUGAGAAGGUUUAAUCCGCGAGUGAGGUAUUAAAAAAAAGAGAUAAAUAAAUACCUAAUUCCAAAAUUAACAUCUUUAAACCCCGUGUGAAACACCAGCGGGGACAUUGUUGGCAAAACAUAAGGGAAGUAAAAAGACCGCGCUGGAGCAGUCCAGAAGACGCUCUCUGACCAUGUCGAAUAUAAUCCCGGCGAGCAAAAAAGAGGAAAAGGGCCGAAACAUCCAAGUGGUGGUGAGAUGCAGGCCGUUCAAUGCAGUGGAGCGGAAGUCCAACUCUCAUGGAGUGGUGGAGUGCGACUUGAACAGGAAAGAGUUGACAGUCCGUACUGGAAGCGCCACUGACAAAACUUCCCGGAAAAUGUACACCUUUGACAUGGUCUUUGGCCCGUCUGCAAAACAGAUUGAUGUAUACAAGAGUGUGGUGUGCCCCAUAUUGGAUGAAGUCAUUAUGGGAUACAACUGUACCAUUUUUGCCUAUGGGCAAACAGGCACAGGGAAGACCUUCACUAUGGAGGGUGAAAGGUCACCUAAUGAGGAAUUCACCUGGGAGGAGGAUCCUCUGGCUGGUAUCAUUCCUCGUACUCUUCACCAAAUCUUCGAAAAGCUGACCAGUAACGGCACAGAGUUCUCAGUGAAGGUUUCCUUGCUAGAGAUCUAUAAUGAGGAGCUGUUUGACCUUCUCAGCCCUUCACCAGAUGUCACAGAGAGGCUGCAGCUGUUUGAUGACCCCAGGAACAAGAGAGGUGUUAUUGUUAAGGGACUGGAGGAAAUAACUGUACAUAAAAAUGAAGUCUACCAGAUUCUCGAGAGAGGAUCAGCGAAGAGGAAGACUGCUUCCACUCUAAUGAAUGCAUACUCCAGUCGUUCCCACUCAGUGUUUUCAGUCACCAUUCACAUGAAGGAGAUCACUCUUGAUGGAGAGGAGCUGGUGAAGAUUGGAAAACUGAACCUGGUGGAUCUUGCAGGUAGCGAGAACAUCGGCCGCUCCGGAGCGGUGGACAAACGUGCACGUGAGGCCGGAAACAUUAACCAGUCACUGCUGACGCUGGGCCGUGUGAUCACAGCUCUGGUAGAACGCGGCCCUCAUGUGCCCUACCGGGAGUCCAAACUCACACGUAUCCUCCAGGACUCACUGGGUGGACGCACCAAGACCUCAAUCAUCGCCACGGUCUCUCCAGCUUCCAUCAACUUGGAGGAGACACUCAGUACACUUGAUUAUGCUAACAGGGCAAAGAACAUCAUGAAUAAGCCUGAAGUGAACCAGAAACUAACCAAGAGAACCCUAAUCAAGGAGUACACCGAGGAGAUUGAACGCCUGAAGCGGGAUUUGGCUGCCACCCGUGAGAAGCAUGGUGUCUAUCUCUCAGCUGAGAACUACGAGAGUAUGAACAGUAAACUGGUGAGUCAGGAAGAACAGAUCACCGAGUACACAGAGAGGAUUUCAGCAGUGGAGGAGGAACUUAGAAGGGUGAUGGAGCUGUUUACAGACAGUAAACAGAAGCUGGAACAGUACAACGAGGACCUCCAGGACAAGAGCCAGCAAUUGGAGGAGGUUCACAAGGACCUGAAGGAGACCAGGCAGAGGCUCACUCAGGAGGAGUUCAUCACCACACAGCUGCAGACCACCGAGAGCCAGCUGCACGGCACUGCAGGACAGCUCUUGAGUACGGCAGAGGUGAGCACAGCGGACGUAGGAGGCCUUCAUGCUAAGCUGCAGCGGGUGAAGGCUGUGGAGCAGCACAACGUCAGUGCUCAGGGUAACUUUGCUCAGCGCAUAGAGCAGAGCUGCAGCAGCAUGCAGAGCGCACUGCAGGAACACAGCCUCAAACAUGCUGGAAUGCUGGAUCACUAUCGGCAUGCCAUAGCGGCUCUGUUGGGGGGAACGGGUCGUGUGUUUGAGGAGGCUACGAGCUCAGUGUUGAGAUCCUACACUGCUGUCCGAGAGGCUGUGGUGGAAGGAGUGGACUGCUGUAAGGCCAAGCUGCUGCAGCAGGGCGAGCUCACAAAAGGAAACCGAGACGCCAUGCUUCAAAUGCUGGACGAGCAUAAACUUAAUCUAGAAGAUGUUCUGAUUGCAAAAGCGAUGCCUGCUAUCGGAUCGAUUAUGGCUGUAAACGAAGGGUUGAAGCAGACACUGCAUAGAUAUAAUGCUCUGGCUGGACAGGUGGAAGGGAUGAAGGCGGAGAUGACUGCAUUUUUUAGCAGCCACGUAGAGGCGCUGGCAGUCAUGCGGGAAACAGCAGUUCAGGACUUCACUUCCCUCCAGGCUGAACACAGUAAACUGACUGAGCAGAUCAACCAGGCCAGCCAGCAACACAAAACGCGUGUAGAGCAUCUACUUCGCUGUGUUCAGGAUCAGAUGAAUCUCCUGGCCCUGGACACACAGUCUGACUUUACUGGUCUUCAGGAGGCAUCAGAUGCACAGGGAGCUCCAUUGGAGACUCUAAAAAAUGCAAUAAAGAGCAAAUGCACCGAUGCUGAACAGGAAAGCUCGUCAGUCUGUGCUCGCCUAAGUUCAUGUACAGACAGAGUGAUGAAGGAGAUGAAUGGAGUGGCAGAGGAGGGCACAUCGCUGGAGGAAAGUGCUGGUUAUUGUGGUCUCUUGCAGAGCUCUCUGGAGUCACUGACCGAUUCAUCCCUCCAGUGGUGCCAUGCAGCCAGAAACCUGACUGAGCGACGUGCCGAGGAACAGCUAACCCUCACAGAGGAGAGCAAGACUUUAGUGCAUGAGCUUCUGAAGCGUGCAGAGGAGCGCGGUCAAGCCACGGUAGAGGAGUGCCGAACUUGUCUUGCUCCAAUGCAGCAGGAAGUGGAGGGGGUACUGAAGAGAGUGGGAGUGCAGGUGGACGAAGACCAGGCCAUCCUACAACAGCACAAAGAAGAACUUUCGACUCUUACCAUGCAGACCCUGAAUACAGUUAACCACUUCCUGAGUAAUGAACUCCAACAGGAUCUGCCAACUGGUACAACACCAAAGCGUAAGGAGUACGAGUACCCACGUGUCCUGGUGCCACUGAGGAGCAGAACAGAGCUGGAGGAUGAGUUUAGGGCUCAGCAGGAGCAGCUAAUGAACGCUCUCAGUCAGUGUGAAGUCCUCACCGAGGGAGAGGAGGAGGAGAAACCUGUGGAUCAGGACUCUCUGGAGGAUGAGGUUUGCAGCUCCAGUGAUAGUAACUCGACCCAGCAGUCUAUUUCAGAGGAGAACUUGAUGUGCUAUGAAGAAGGAAGGGUUCCAUUCUUUAAGAAAAAGUCCAAAAAAGAAAACCUCAACAACAAGUCUCUUAAUCGUUCUAAGGUAGCUGAGAACGAGACCUCUGUGACGCCACCUCGGUCCAGAUUACCUCUCAGGGCCCAAAAUCAAUGAUGGCUCCAUUUUUUUCUUUUCUUUACACAGUUACCCGGAAAGAAUUUUAUGUAAUUUCUUAUCUACUUACACAACAUAUGUAUUUUUAAUGUGUUCAUUUUUCAUGGUCAUGAAUUUAAAAUAUUUGUUUGUCUUUUUUUCCUCGUUCACUGUUUCAAUGUUCAGCAAAAUGUUGGUGUUUACUAUUCAUUUUUUUUUCACUUGGAUUAAAUGGGUAUUUUGUGUUUUGUCUUCCAUUUUAGAAAGUUUUUUGACUUCUGAUUCAAGGACUGUUUAAAAAAAAAAAAAAUCACUUCAAAACUAAUAAAGAUUUUAAGAUUUUCAA